AUGGCUCUGUACUGGCGACUGCUGCCAACGGAGAUCCUCACACCGCAGGUCCUGAGUUUCGUGACGUUCAACUGUGCCAACUGGGCUUCCUGGCUCUCACAGUUCGUCAUAUUUGCCGUGUGGACCGUGACAUUUCCUGCGAUGUCCGAGCAACUCCAGGCGCUCAGCACUAUGGGAAUCAGCCUAAUUAUCGCCGCCUUUGGUUGGAUGGCGCCGAGAUCGCAUGAGUCCCCCAGGUUCCUACUCGUCGAUAUCAAGCUCUGCAUGUUCUUCAUUAGCCUCUUCUGCUCUGCGAGGUGA